AAAUAAGAUAACUGAAUGGGUGCAGUAGCUCUCAAGAAAAUUAGAAAAAGGAAAAAAAAAAAGGCAGAGAUUGGUCUCUGCUGGAUGCGAAGCUAUAAUUACCAUAAUACCCUUGAUGGUAUGGAAAGGACAAUUUUUUUUUUUAGAAACAUAUGGAAAGGAAAUUCAACUGUUGGAGGAAACAGGGAGAGAGACAGAGGCUUUGCCAGUGCAGACAGAGAGAGAACACAGGCAGGCAAGCAAGCAAGCAAUGCCAUUGCCAUUGCCAAGGAAAAGAAAGCGGCACUGAGUCAACUUGGCCGAGUUAUGGGGUGCUGCGAGUCGUCUUUUAUACAUGCACGUCAACACCAGCACCACCCCUUGGACACCUUCAGCGCCUUCGCCGCCGCCAACCGCACUCCUCAACCGUCCAACGGUCGAGCCGAUGCCGCCGGAGCCGGAGCAGUGCCUGGAUUCUCGGAAUUCUCGCUGGCCGACUUGAAAGGCGCCACAAAUAACUUCAGCUCCAACUUCAUCGUCUCCAAGAGCGGUGAGAAAGCCCCCAAUGUCGUCUACAAGGGCCGCCUCCAGAACCAAGAUAACCGUCGUUGGAUUGCCGUCAAGAAAUUUUCUAAAUUGGCCUGGUCUGACCCCAAGCAAUUCGCCGAUGAAGCUUGGGGCGUUGGGAAGCUGAGGCACAAAAGGCUUGCCAAUUUGAUAGGGUAUUGCUGCGACGGCGACGAGAGGCUGCUGGUGGCGGAGUACAUGCCUAAUGAUACCCUUGCCAAACAUCUCUUCCACUGGGAGAAUCAGACCAUUGAGUGGGCUCUGCGACUAAGAGUUGCUCUGAACAUUGCCGAAGCGUUGGAUUACUGCAAUAGUGAAGGCCACCCGUUGUACCAUGACUUAAAUGCAUAUAGGGUUCUCUUUGAUGAGAACGGUGAUCCUCGGCUUUCGUGUUUUGGAUUGAUGAAAAACAGCAAGGAUGGAAAAAGUUACAGCACCAAUCUUGCGUACACACCUCCUGAAUAUCUAAGAAAUGGAAGGGUCACUCCAGAAACUGUUACAUUCAGCUUUGGGACUGUCCUUUUGGAUCUGCUCAGUGGAAAACACAUCCCUCCCAGUCAUGCUAUUGAUAUGAUUCGUGGAAAAAACAUUCUUCUCUUAAUGGAUUCACAUCUGGAGGGAAAAUUUUCAACUGAAGAAGCAACUGUGGUCUUUGAUCUUGCCUCACGAUGUUUGCAAUAUGAACCCAGGGAGCGACCAAAUAUCAAGGACCUUGUUGUAACAGUUGCUCCAUUGCAAAAUAAAUCUGAUGUCCCUUCUUAUGUGAUGCUGGGAAUUCCUAAGCACGAGGAAGCACCUCCGACUCCACAACAUCCUCUUUCAGCCAUGGGUGAUGCCUGUUCAAGGAUGGACCUUACGGCCAUCCAUCAGAUUUUGUUAAUGACACACUACAAAGAUGAUGAAGGAAGCAAUGAGUUGUCUUUCCAAGAAUGGACUCAGCAAAUGAAAGAUAUGUUGGAGGCAAGAAAACAUGGGGACUUGGCGUUUCGUGACAAAGAUUUUAGAUCUGCAAUAGACUGCUAUUCCCAGUUCAAAGAUGUUGGGACUACGGUUUCCCCUACGGUGUGUGCAAGAAGAAGUCUAUGUUAUCUCCUUUGUGAACAGCCAGAUGCUGCCCUCCGAGAUGCAAUGCAAGCACAAUGUGUCUACCCUGACUGGUCCACUGCAUUUUACAUGCAGGGAGUUGCUCUUGCCAAGCUAGAUAUGCACAAGGAUGCAGCCGACAUGCUGAAUGAGGCUGCUGGCCUUGAAGAAAAAAGACGUCGCGGAGGGAGAUGAUGGGAGAGAAGAGGAUCCUGAAAUGCUCUGUAAUUAUUUUUUGUUGCAUUGAAGUUGCUUCAGCUGUUGUAACUUGUAACAGAAGUAUAGGGUUAUCGAGUACAAUGGGGUAGGAGAAAGUUGUAUCAGUCCAGACGUGUGCAAUAUAUAGGUAGAGGGAGAUGCUUGUAUCUUGUGUAUCAAGUACCGCGCCAUUCUUUUCCUCUAAUUUUUCAUUGAAUAACUAAUUGGUUCUUAA